AAUACACCACUCAUUUAUGCAUCAUGGAAUAAUCAUCUUGAAGUUGUAAAAUAUCUUAUCUCUGUUGGAGUUAAUAAAGCUGCAAAAGAUAAUGAAGGAAAAACUGCACUAUCGCAUGCAAAAGGUAAAGUAAGAGAUUAUCUAAAAUCUAUUGGAGCCAAGUAA